AUGACUUUCGAUGAGUGGAGUGAUGAAGAGCCAAGCUACCCGGAGGAGUAUUCUACCCGGAGGAGUAUUCUGGAGAAAAUUCCAACCAGUUAUCAAUACUGCCAGGAUUUCCUCAAUUGUGACUCACUAUCAGGUGAUGAUGUGAGGCAUGAGAGCACCUCAAAAGUCUCUAUGAUAGACCAAGAAAAUGAAGAAAGCUCUAUUGAAAAAUGGAGUUAUCAAGAGCCAAGCUACCCGGAGCAAUACUCCAAUCCGAAAGAGUUUCCAAGUGAUGAUCAAACAAUAAUUGACAAUGUAAAUUACUGUAUGGGCUCAUUCGAUCAAAAUAUGGCUGAUGAUAUGGUACCUGAGAGUACUUCUGAGCCAAUAGACCUCCAAGAAUAUUCUGUUCUAGCUGUAUCUCAAGACAAUACCACUCCAUUAGACAGUGUAGCCCUCUCAAUACGACCUGUUCCUAUCUAUCCGCACCAAUACUCGAAAUAUACCCAAUAUCCUAACCAAUACUCGGAUGCAUCAGUCUUGAGGUCCGAAAUUUCUUCAGAACCAAACCAAGAAACGAAUAUUGUGGAAGACUGCGUUUCAAGCGAUCAGAUAAAGAACUGCUAUACCCAUUAUCGAAAAUAUGGGCGCGAUCGGGAUGAAUCAUCAAGAAAACCCAAGGCUCCUCCCACAACUAUAUAUGUAUCUACAAAGGAUCCUGGAAUCUGCUCAGUUUCCGUUUGCACCAAGGCUAUCCGAAGUUUCAACCCGUUAUACCAUCCGAUAACCCGUCUGAAAAUAUGUCAGUCUUGUUUCAACUACUACAGAAAAUUUGGGUUUGAUAAGACUGAGGAGCAAUUUUCUGAGCUAUGUACAAACUGUAACUUGAAUCCUGCUUCAAAAUCUCAUCAGAUUACCGGUGCAAUUGUUUGUCCAGCAUGCUAUAAAUAUCGCCAGCGUACUGGAUGUGAUCGGACGAAUUUUUCGAAGUCGGUGCCCCGGAAAAAGUCAUCAGAGAAGAUUGCAAACCAACCACCUGAGUUGUGCCCCAUCUGCCAGAUAAAUAAAACCGGAGCAUUUCAUCCUAGUACCCGUCAACGAGUAUGCAGGACCUGUUAUGGUUAUUAUCGAAAACAUGGAAAAGAUCGCGCCGAUUUUUCAAGAAACAAGCCGUAUGGGAAAUGCAAAUUAGUAGUUGUGGAACAACCCAAAAAACAAAAAAAAGUACCAGUUAUGACAGAGCCCGCAGUGUGCUCCAUUCCCGUCUGCAAAAAGUUCAUCCCAGUCGGUCAUGGAAUCAAACAUCCGAGAACUCAGCUACUGAUAUGCCGGUCUUGUUUCUUCUUCUACAAAAAGUAUGGAGUAGAGCGAACGAUACAACAGGUUUUUGAUGAAUGCACUAACUGUAAAAUAAGUAGAAAAGAUAGACCUCACCCAAAAACCGGAGAGCCGUUAUGCAGAGCCUGCCAUACGCAUUACCGACGAACCGGGCACGAUCGUGUGGAUUUCACAAAAAGCAAAGCGUAUAAGAGGAUUCAUGGUGUACAAGUUUCAAAACAUGUUCAUUUCAAGUCACAUAUUAAUUCUCCUGCUCCUCAACUUGUCUUUGAUGUCUGUGCGGAGUCGAUUCAGAAACGGAAGAACACAUUGAUAAAGAAAGAAAAACCACAAAGAAGAAUGAGACAGAUUCAAGAAAUAAGUGACGAUGAACACAUUGAUUCCGACUAA